GGAUGACAGCGACGACCAGGUCAUCGACGGCCUGUGCGUGCGACUCGCGAAUGAGAUGGAGCACGCAGAAGUGCUACUUCGCAGUGCGUACUGGAAAGCGGCCGCUGCGCGCAGGCUGCUCCGCCGUGCCGCCGCCUUGCCGCCGUGCUACGGCGACCUGGGCGAGCAGCGGGGCACGGCGUCCAUCCGGGAGGCGGAGGAGGUCAUCGGCGAGCUCGCUGGAGUCCGCGCGGCCUCCCACGCGGAGGCCCCCGAGGCGCGCGGCGGCCGAGCUCGCCUGGGCACCGCCCUCGCCCGCGCCCUCGGCGAGGAGGCGGUGGCGGGGCGAG